AUCGUUGCCUCAGUUCAGCUCUGGCCGGCGUGGUUACAGUGUUUGGAGAGCGUGUCAUUAAUACCUCCAUCGAAUUCGUGUCACUCGACUCCAUCGCUGCAACGAUUCAUGAUAUGUAAAAAUCAAAGUGCAAAUGUACGACCCAAGUAUGAAUAUCAAAGUUGAUACCUUUUACAUUUAAUGGUGUUCAUAACUGUGGAUGAUCGCAAAGCAUUUGUUCUGAUUUCAACGUACAAUAGUAAGUUUUAUUCAGCGAUAAAGUUAUCUUCAUGUGAUGUGACAGUUAGUUGUGAAAAAUUCCUCAAAAGCCAAAAUUCACUGUUAUUUUCGAACAAUGCUGACAAGAUAGAGAUAGAGCGCACAGGAACAAACAACGAAGCCUCGACGAUCUUCAGUUUAGAUUUAAUUUCAAUACUUCUAAGAAGAUCCACGGUGCACUGUAAAAGGAAUACUGGAAUGGCAACGAUCACAACAGAGUCGAUCAAAUGCUCAACCGUUGACCACUGCGUUGGUGAAAUCAUCUCAAAAGAAUUCAUCCCGCCUGAAAAAGAGUGACAAAUUAAUCGUCAGAUAAAAAUGAAGAAUUAAUCGACGGGUAAAAAAACCCGCGUACCGACGCAGCGAUUUCAACCGCCGCCGACAUCGACAACCGGCGCGCCGGUUUCAUCCUCCUCAGGUCCGGGAGCUUCAAGGGAUGCAAGGCAAACAUCGGAAGCAGUGACUCGGACGCAAAGUCGAAUACAGACGGUGACCACAUAAUCUUCACGUUAAGUUUCAUACAUUUCAUGGAUGAAAAUAAUGUGUUUCGUGAGAUUUAGUAAUGCAAGAUAAUUAAGUGUCAUGAAUAAGCCAUCUUAACGUAAAAUAAUCCUAUAAUGCCAUCAAAAACAUUGUAUUGUUUGUUGCAAGAAAAAUUCCGAAAUAAUCAGGGAACUUUCAGUUAAAUUACUAUUUUAAACGAAAUCAAGUUAUCAUCUUUAAAAGAUCAGCGAAAUUCGUGAAAUGUAUAUCAGUGUUUAAUUUUCGUUAAAAAAAUUUAAAGCAACAAAUCGUAACACAAAUGUGCACUCGAAGUCGUUUCGCAGUGAAAUAUUCAUUUACCUCGAAUGAUAGCGCUGUUACGUUUGCUACAGUAUAUGCCAGUUAAGUGGCAGCGGCAAAAACUAGAAACAUCAGUAAUUCACAUGCACAAAAAUGCACUGGUGAUGCAGGAAUAUGAUUACGAAUAAAAAACGGAGAAAGAGAGGAAAAAUGAAAUAAAGAAACGCUGCAAAAUCCGGUGACCUCUCAAAGUCACGCACCGAGUUAAGUUAUUUUUGAGGAAGAACGCAGGUUCAGUGAUUUCAAAGAAAAUAAACACAAUGAUCAAGCACUAUUGGGAGAAACCUAUUUCAAAUUUCUAAAUUAGCAGCAUGUUCUAACGUGCUCAACUGGAGUCAAGAAAUUAAGCUAAAUUUUAUCACCAAUUUGAAUUCUGGAAAAUUUGUUAUCGAAAAAAAGUUUUAAAAAAUUACAACAACAUCUGCCAGAAAAUCGCAUAGCAUCGUAUUUUCGUGCAAGCCAGAAGAUCGUCGGGAAUGAUUACCAAAGAAAAAUAUGGUUAACAAAGCAAAAAUAAAAAAGUCACUCCGAAAACAGCCCAAAUCCUGAAUAAAAGUGCCUCAGGGAUCCAAACCCGGUUCUUAAUGCCCUCUAAAAUUGCAAACCUCACGACUGAAAAUGAUCCUUCGCCUCGAGCUCCACCGAGGAAUCUUGAAUCAUUACUACACGGUCAUCAUCGUCUAUCCCACCACACCCUUCACCUCCGCGUGAACGACAACCACUACAAUCAUAAACCAAGUGUCAUGAAUACCAAAAAUAUCAACAGCAACCACGCUAUCAAAAGGGCGGUGAGAAAACAAACCACUCCACGCAGACAAGUUGGAAAUAUAUUCUCUGAUCGCGCCAUAAGACGACCUAGUGAAUUGCAAUACAGGAUUCUACGGACGGAAUACUAUGAAAUCAACGGCACCACAACGGAACCUGAUCCCGCGCCCGGCGAAGGCUUCAACGUGGUUGGCGUCUUGCUAGCGGUCAUCUCUGUCAUCCUCAUCAUCAUCGGCAUCGCCUUCGUCUACAGUCGCAUGCGACGCGGCAAACUUUCGCCUGCGGCAGACGAGCCGGACAUGGAAUUGGCGGCUCCGACAGAACAGGAGCCCGAGAGAGAGAAAGAUCCGUACAUGGAGUGGCUGAAUAUGCCUGAAGAACAACCACCGACACCCGACCUACGGAAACAAAUGAAAACAGCCGUGCGUACCGUCUCGCGCAAGAUCUCACUGGCGCAGAAGAAGGAGGCUGACGACUUCAAGAUCGGAGUGCCUCCGCAUCUUCGAUACCAGCUUAAAGAAAUAUAUGUUUAUUGACCUUCCUGGCCUCACUAUGUGAGGAAUAAAUGUGAGGGUUGUGAUGCAUCCGCUGCACUUUGUGAUAAGAUAGUGAACGAAUUCAGCUGAUGGAUGAGUAACAGCGUUAUUAUGAAAGUCAUUUUGUGAUAUGAUAGUGAACGAACUCAGCUGAUGGAUGAGUAACAGCGUUAUUAUGCAAGUUAUUUUGUGAUAUGAUAGUGAACUAACUCAGCU